GGAUAUCAUGGCAUUUUUUGUCACAAACCUGGCAAUAUCAGUGCUGGUUGUGCCAUGUCCGAGCCAUUGGCACCGGAGCAAACACAUGGACAGCGGUCUUGUGUAAGGUGGGACCCAUGCUUCAAUGCGCCCAUUGGAACUUGCCUUGCCAUCAUCUUAUCUGUGGUCUGUCCUGUGCUGAUCGUCUAUCGGGAGGACUUACCAUCAGCCUCAUGGAUUUGGGUGGUGCUUGGAGCAAUUAUGGGUUUCUUGGGUCUUUGGCUGCUGUAUGCCAGCAUUGCUCAGGGCUGCCGCCGCCGGUUGCGACUCGGCGUGUGGCCCGUCGCCGAGCCUGACACCUUGGAGAAGAUCAUCGAGCUUUGCAAGGGGCCCAAUCCUGCCUUCGCAGUUGGUGAAUGUUGGGCCUACCACACAGCCAUUAAGUAUGCUCAGCCAGAAGAGAAGAUCAUCGCUUUGGGUGCAUUCUGGUCCGGCGUGGUCUCCAUGUCUGAUGAUACUGUUCGAGUCCGGACGGGUAUGCUGUGGGGCGAGGUGAUGCAUGUGCUCUGGGAGAAGAACAGAGCACCCAUGGAUCGUCCAGCCUUCGAUCAAAUGUCCAUUGGCGCCUCGGUGCGCGUCGCAGCACACGGCUUCUUCAAGGAUGGAUGGUUCAUAGACUAUUUGCGUGCCUUGCAAGCCGUGGAGCGCGGCACCGGCAAGGUGGUUGAGGUAAAGCGUGGAGAUUACAACUUUUGGGAGGUGGCCUUUGGGGCGAACUAUGUCCUCACCGAGGCGGAGUUUGAGACCCAACAGAAUCGUCUCGUGAAGGUCACCGGCAAGUCGCACGCCACGAAUGCCAACACGACCCAGCAGGAGGUGGAUGCCUAUGUUCAAGCUGAGGCACUGGGUUGGAGGGAUGCCCCCUUUGUGAACAUGAGCGUUGGAGGCAAUGCUAUCAAUCGGAAAUGGUACACACUUGACCCUGUGGGUGUUGAUGAGAAGGAUCAGAACUGCUUGGAGUAUGGGAGGCGCCUUGUGUGGUCUGGUGUCAGCGGCAUUGACAGCUUGGGAGAUGCCCAAACCAUCAUCCGCGAAAAUUGGCUUGUGCCUUUCGUUUUGGGCCGGGAAUUCUUAGGCUCAGCCAAUGUGGAAAUCUUUGUGAAGACUGACCAUGGCUUCGAUUGGGACAAGGUGUGAGAUCUUUGUCUUUAGAGACAGGGCGGCUCUGCAGGUUUGCUCGCAUUUAUUUUCCCAUCAAACAUGGAACCUUAGCAUCCAAUGGCUAUACGAUCACAUGACCAAAGGUCAUGAUAUUUUGUUUACAAAGACACAAUGUGUUGGUAUAAGAGUUGCUCUCGUUGACUUUCCGGUCCAGAUCUCCUCCUCACCCCAGAUGGGCCUGAUUCCACACAUUCCGGCCGAACGCCCGCAUACUUGUUCGGAUGUCCCAAAUCUGGCACGGCUUUCAAUUUGGGAUCCUAAAUCCCAACCAAAUGGAUCCGAAUCCCAACACGGCGACACUCGCAGAUUGCCUUAUUUCUCGUGAAGUUCCACGCCCAAUACAAUGGCCGUUGCGACCUGCGUGAGCGCAAACGGAAUGGCUUCACGAUUACAGCCUUCGACUUCAUCGUCUUUCCCAAUGAUAUUCCCGCGUGGUUUGAUAUGGCCUACAGCCAGUUGAAGAUCAAGAGUGGCUCCCUUCAUCCCGGCAAGUACACAGUCCCAGAUGCCGGCCAGAUCCAGCUGCUUGAUCAUGCCAAGUUUUGGAUCGAGGCGAGUUGAGUCGGCCCAAUCGACGAUCUGCAGAUGACGGCCAGAUAGGCUUGCUGGUGAGCAGUGAACGUUCAACCAGACUAACUGCUGUUUUCUUUUCGCUCAACAAGUUGUUGUCUCAAUUGCUGUGUACGCAUGGCACCAUAUCCUCU